GAAGAAGAACAAGAACAAGAAUUAUCCACACACAAGUUAUAGAAAUUCUUCUUUUGAAUUCGGAUAGAAAGAGAAAGAUGGAUUCUUCUUCUUCUUCUUCUUCUUCUUCCUCGACUGUUGCCGCGACUGUCGCUGUCGCCGCCGCCGCCGCCGCCGCCACCACUGUGGUGUCGAAAUGCAGGGUGCACCCGUCGCAGGCGUCCGCCAUGGGCGACCUCAAGCUGUCCGUCUCCGACCUCCCCAUGCUCUCCUGCCACUACAUCCAGAAGGGGGUCCUCCUCCCGCGGCCCCCCUUCCCCGUCCAGCAUCUCGUCUCCCUCCUCCAGCUCUCCCUCUCCCGCACCCUCUCCCUCUUCCCUCCCCUCGCCGGCCGCCUCUCCACUGGCUCCUCCGGCCGCGUCCUCAUCUCCUGCAAUGAUGAGGGCGUGGACCUCAUCCACGCCUCCGCCGGCGACGUCCUCGUCGCCGACCUCCUCUCGCCGUCCCGAGUCCCCGAGCGGUUCAAAUCGUUCUUCCCGCUGGACCGGACGGUGAGCUACCGGGGCCAUUGGGAACCGAUCGUGGCUGUCCAGGUGACCGAGCUGCGAGACGGCGUCUUCAUCGGCUGCGCCGCGAACCACGCCGUCGUGGACGGGACCUCGUUCUGGAACUUCUUCAACACCUUCGCCGAGGUCUCGCGAAUCGGCGAACGGAGGUUCUCGAAGGUCCCGGACUUCCGCCGCGAGUCGGUGCUGAUUUCCGACGCCGUGCUCAAAAUCCCGGAAGGGGGCCCGACGGUGACGUUCAACGAGGACGAGCCGCUGAGCGAGAGGAUCUUCAGCUUCACCCGUGAAGCGAUCUCGCGGCUGAAAGCCAAAGCCAACGACAGGAAAUGGAGCGAAUCCGAGGAUGGCAACUUCAACGCCGUCGAGAUCAUGGGGAAGCAAAUGCACGACCCUUACGUGACCAGCGGUAACGUGAAGCUGACGCCGUCGUUCCUCGGGAGCUGGUUCGCCAAGCAACGUGGCGGGGCAGGGACGCGCGUCGAAACGGCGGAGAUCUCGUCGUUCCAGGCCCUGAGCGCGCUGCUGUGGAGGUCCGUGACGCGUGCGAGGAAGCUCCACGCGUCCAAGACGGCCACGUUCCGGAUGGCCGUCAACUGCCGCCACAGGCUCGAGCCCCGGCUCGAGGCGCACUACUUCGGGAACGCGAUCCAGAGCAUCCCGACCCGCGCGGCGGCCGGGGAGGUGCUGUCCCGGGACCUGCGGUGGUGCGCGGAGAGGCUGAACAGGUCGGUGACGGAGCACGGGGACGCCGCGGUGCGGGGGGCCGUGGAGGAGUGGGAGAGGGAGCCGAGGCUAUUCCCGCUGGGGAACGCCGACGGCGCGUCGAUCACGAUGGGGAGCUCGCCGAGGUUCCCGAUGUUCGACAACGACUUCGGGUGGGGGAGGCCGGUGGCGAUCAGGAGCGGCAGGGCGAACAAGUUCGACGGGAAGAUAUCGGCCUUCCCGGGGAGGGAAGGCGGCGGGAGCGUCGACCUGGAGGUGUUGCUGUCGCCGGAGACGAUGGACGGGAUCGAGUCCGACCUGGAGUUUAUGCAGUACGUGUCGCAGCACUGAUGACGUGGACGGUGCUCGGCGUCGUUGGAUUCGGUCUUUUCUUUUCCGGAGGGAGGGGAUUGAGUGUGUUGGAUUUGGUGGGGUCCAGGAGUUUCAACGGUGCGGAUUUGGUCUGAGGUGUACAUGAGAGGAUUGACUCGGAUCCUCUCCCUCGCGCGCGACAUGUCUGACCACAAUAAGUCAAAGUUAGUUUUUAACCGAUGUUGUCUUGAAACCUUUUCUAUCCUUUUGUUUCCUGUUUUUUUUUUUAAUCUAAAUUUGGGAUGUGUCCCCAUGUGUCCAUUUGAAAAGUUGUCGAAUCCCUUGUGUAUGAACCAUCUAAUUUGGUAGUUGAAA